AUGCUUCUUUUGUCUUGGGCCUUAGCGGCCCUGAUUGGCCCGCGCUGCGGCGCCAUUAGACAGCUCCGGCCGCGGCCUCCAGCCUUCUCCGUUCCGGAUGUGGUCGUGGUCGGCGGCGGGCACGCCGGAUGCGAGUCGGCUGCUGCAGCUGCUCGUGUCGGCGCGAAGACAGUGCUAGUAACGCCGCGGACGGCGUCAAUCGGCGAGAUGUCGUGUAACCCUUCGAUAGGUGGGAUUGGCAAGGGCAACAUCGUGUGCGAAAUAGAUGCGCUGGACGGGGUGAUGGGCGUCGCUGCCGACGAAGGAGCGGUGAUGUACCACCUGCUCAACUCCAGUCGGGGUCCGGCCGUCAGGGGCCCGCGUGCGCAGGAGGAUAGAGACCACUACGCGGCUGCCGUGCGUGACAUUAUCGGAAAACAGGACGGUUUGCAUGUGGAGGAGUCGAUGGUAGAAGACGUUCUGGUGGAGGACGGAGCGGUGCGCGGCGUGGUGUUUGCGGACGGUCGUACCGUUCAAUGCAAGGCCGUGGUGAUCACCACGGGCACCUUCCUCCGAGGCCGAUGCCACCGUUCAAAGACACAGGUGCCAGGGGGGCGACUUGACCGUCUGAAAGGGGAAUUUGAAGCGCCGGCCGACGGGCUAUGUGCGACCCUCGCCAGGCUCGGCAUAUCUACCAACCGAUUUAAAACAGGCACGCCUCCGAGAGUUAAACGCAGUUCCAUAAACUAUGAUGUGCUGGAGGUUCAAAAUUCGGACCUCGACCCCACCCCUUUCUCGUACCUCAACGCCGAGUCUGGGCCGCCGCUUCGGGACGGGGUUGUUGUGAUCGAGUUCAGAAUUGUAAGGGAGCAUCUUGGUGUUCUCCCGGAUUACGAGAGCGGGUUCGGCAAGGGUCUCGGGCCCAGGUACUGCCCGUCCCUCCCGGCAAAAAUUACGCGUUUCCCCAAUGUAGCGGGGCAUGUAGUGUGGCUGGAACCUGAAGGAACGGACAGUGAUCUUGUGUACCCCAAUGGUUUGUCGGGAGCGUUUCCGCCAGAAGUGCAGCUGGAGCUGCUGCGGACGAUACCCGGGUUGGAGGAGGUGGAGAUAGUGACCCCCGGUUAUGACGUGGAAUACGACUACAUCGACGCGCGUUUGCUGCGUCACACGCUACAGUUUAAGCAAAUAGAGGGGCUCUAUUUCGCUGGCCAGAUAUGCGGUACAACGGGGUAUGAGGAAGCGGCAGGGCUAGGGUUGGUGGCCGGAUGCAACGCGGCGCUGUUUGCGCUGGCGUCCGGUCGUGAGUUCGUUUUAGAUCGCAGCGAAGGUUACAUCGGGGUGCUGAUAGACGACCUCGUGCGAAAAGGAACGAGUGAGCCUUACCGCAUGUUCACAUCACGCGCGGAGGACCGGCUAUUUCUCCGCAUUGACAACGGUGACAUCCGCAUGCUCAAGAAGGGUCGGCAGUGCGGUCUCAUACGCAAUGCCGAACGCGUGGACACCAUACGCGAGAAGUACAUCAGGGCACAGGCUGUGAUCAAUCGCCUGAGGAGUGUGACGUUACCAUUGAACAAAUGGGAUGUAAACAUGGACGGUGCAGACUGCAAGAACGGCUGGGAGAUGCUGAAAGUAUCGGGAGUCACACUUCCGUCGAUUGAGGCGCGAGUGAACGAACACUACCCUGACGGUCGCGUGUCUAAAACGGAGUUGCCUCCAAUGUCGGAGGCGGAGCGUUCCGGCAUUGACGCCGCGUUCGAGGGCCUGGAGGACGGUAUAUCGGAGCAAGCUGCCCGGCGGUCCGCGGAGCGCACAACCAGCAACAAGUACCUGCAGAGCGUAGUGGAAGCGCAGUGCAAGUACGCCCCGUUCGUUGACCGGCAGGCCAAGCAAAUGGAACGCACAUUGAGAGGCAGAUCGGUUCCGCUGCGCCCAGACAUUGAGUAUACGCGCGAGCGCUUCGCCUUCUUGUCUACGGAGGAGGUGGAGGUGCUCAACCGCCAUAGGCCGGCGACAAUAGCGGAAGCCGCCAAUUUACAGGGCGUGACGCCCGCGUCGCUCACGCUACUGGCGGAACAAGUCAUUAAAGGGCUGUAA